AGAAGGUGUGCCGGGUGCAGAGUGGAGGUCUGUGUCGACGAGGAUCGGUGAGGGAGGAAACUGAGCUGGUGGAGGAUAGAAGGAGGCCGAGGAUGCGUCACCAUGCCUGUCCCCGUCUGUGAGUGCCCGCGCGUGCUGGGCAUGAAAUGUUGCUCAGACGAGGUCACCUCGGCCAGUGUCGUUCUGCGCACGCGCAGCAGGCGGCGCUGAUCGUGACGUCACUGAUUCUGCAGCUAUGGAGUGUCACGGUGGCAGCGGAUUUCGGAGUGCCGGCGAACCUGACGAUCCGCGACUCCACACCGUAUGCCGUAUGUCUGACCUGGUCUCUGACUGCCGGCGGCGGCGGGGGGAGGAAGGGCGAGGGCCAGGCCGCCGGCCCGGUGCAGCUGCAGCUCAUCUACAGACCGGUCAACGCCAGUUACCGCGUGGUGGCCGACCUGCACGGCCACCGUCGCUCGGCCACGUUGGACAACCUGCGGCCAGAGACCCAGUAUCGGCUGGUGAUGACGUCAUCCGUGAACGGCUCCCUGCUCGGCACCAGCCCCGUGAUCUUCUUCCACACUCCGCCCACGUGUGAGUGA